AUGUCGUCUCUCUCUGCGACCCCUGAUCCGCGCGCUUCGUCCGCAGGUCCUGUAGAAGGCUCUAUCCGUGAGAAGCUUACUGCUGCUUUGCAACCUAUCGACUUGGGUAUCACGAACGACUCGUGGCAACACCGUCAUCACGCUGCCAUGAGAGCGCAGGGCGGAGGAAGUGGGGAAACUCACUUUUCCAUACAAGUUGUCUCCGAGGCGUUCCGAGGCAAGACUACAAUGCAGAGACAUCGGAUGAUUUACUCUGCUCUGUCAGACGAGUUGUCUCAAGGUCUACAUGCACUAUCGUUGAAGACUAAGACACCGGAGGAAUCACAGAAAGAAGCCGCUGCAUAG